UUUUUAUACCCUUUUAUACUUAAAAGAAAAGGAGCAUUUAACUCAAUCGGCACAGCUGCUUUUGCGAUUGGACAUGGGUGACAAUUAUAAUUUAAGCGACAUCGAUCUAAAGGAGGGUCUUGCAUUUUUACAUGGACUGACGCCUAAGCCCAUAUUUCAUGGCAACCUGAAGCCGGAGAAUUUGUUUUUGGUCGAUAACUGCCGCUGCUUGAAGAUCGGCGAAGUAGCCGCUCGAGGAUACGCCGUAUCAAAUCAUUAUAUACCACCACCUAACGAAGAAAUAUAUGCCGAAAAAACCGACAUAUAUAGUUUUGGAAUAGUGCUUUGGGAAGUGCUUGCCCGCAGGAAACCAUUUUGUGAAAAUGAACUAUCUUCUAUUCCCAUUUUGAAAUAUAUUUUUCUCGCUGGACGUCAACCACCUUUGAGUUGUGUUCCGGAUGGGCUGGGCUCUAGCAAUUUAAAAUCGCUAAUUAGCAGGUGUUGGGACAUCGACCAGAAUAGGCGGCCCAUUGUGAAAACUGUGCUAUUGAACCUCAGCAUAAUUAUCAGACUAUAUUUUGGCAACGUCCCAACCUUAGAAACACAAGCCACAGAUCAUAUCGGCGAUGUAAAAUUGGGAGAGGAAAUUGGCAGGGGCGCCUUUGGCGCUGUCUACAAGGCUAAGAUGUAUGACAUUCAAUUGGCGCUAAAACGAAUUUUUGUAAAUGAUGCGGAUGCCAAAAAGGGCAUUGAAAGAGAAGUGAAGUAUCUAUCCAGCGCCUAUCAUGAGAAUAUAAUUAAAUUUUAUUGUACUAUGGAAGACAAAGAGUGCAACACAUUGAUAUUGAUGGAAUACGCAGACUGCGGAUCACUCCACAAUUACAUGUAUCGUGAUAAAAAACAAGAGCGAAACUAUACUCACGUGGCUGCCCUCAAUUGGAUGCAACAAUUGGCUAAGGGUGUUGCUUAUUUACAUGCCAUGAAACCAAAGCCCGUCAUUCAUCGCGAUCUCAAGCCACACAACUUGUUACUUGCGAACAACUUCCGCACCUUAAAGAUAGCCGACUUUGGAACAGUCACGGAACAGGCUACUUUGAUGACGAUGAUAAUUGGCACUCCCGGCUAUAUGUCGCCAGAGGUAAGCAUCCUCCCCUAAAAGAUGUGGAAAACUGCCAAAAUGCGGAGAAAUU